AUGCUACGUGCAGAGGAGGAGCGAGGAUCGCUGGCUCUCGUGCUGCUAGAGGCGAGGAAUGCUGCCAACGAGGAGAAGAUCACGAGGGUUAUUCGUGGCGGGAAGCUAGGAGUCGGGCUGGCCUUGAUGGAUAUGCUCUCGUGCUACUGCGAGGCAAUGAUCGUAAUUUUUGUAUUCAACACCGUUCUCUCAGACCUGUCCAAGGCCGCUAUGCCUAGGAAGACGCCGUGUCCUCUCCAUGAAGGGAUCAUGAUUGCUCUUUCAUGCUCGUUGCAGCGUGACGUGCUCGUCAUUGCGUCGAGCUUCGCCAUAGUCGCGGCUGUGACUGUGUACCUGUCAUGGCGGUACAGCAGCUUCUUUGGCGUCAGUUUCAGCCACGUGGUCAGAUGUCUCUCCAAGUGCGGGAGCGUGUCGAUCAGUACCAUGGUGAUCUGCUUCCUCAUGGUCUUGGGCUUCGUCCAGCAGCUGUACAUGCAGCGACGGAUGCAUAGGCAGUUGUUCGGGGUAGACAACUUCGUCGAGGGGGAGCUUGCCUUCUCCUUGCACCGUCUGCUGGAACUUAUUCUGUUUGCUCCCCUGCGUGAAGAGGUCAUCUUCAGAUUCUUUCUGGUGCUUCUUGCAAGGAAUCGCUUGUCUCCGAGCACUAGUGUGCUUAUUUCCGGGGCAUUCUUCGGCGUCAUUCACCUCUCCAAUGUUUACCAUCCAAGAUAUCGAACCUCGUACGUGAUCGUUCAGAUCGUCAUGUCCUGCCUCAUCGGCACUUUCCUUUGCACGUAA